CCUCCUUCAUUAACACUGAUAGAUACAUAGGCCACGCCUCCUCCAUUAGCACUGAUAGAUACAUAGGCCACGCCUCCUUCAUUAACACUGAUAGAUACAUAGGCCACGCCUCCUUCAUUAACACUGAUAGAUACAUAGGCCACGCCUCCUCCAUUAGCACUGAUAGAUACAUAGGCCACGCCUCCUUCAUUAACACUGAUAGAUACAUAGGCCACGCCUCCUUCAUUAACACUGAUAGAUACAGAGGCCACGCCUCCUCCAUUAGCACUGAUAGAUAUAGGCCACGCCUCCUUCACCAUGAUCAUACUUAUUUAUCGGAUUAUUCCACUUCGGAAAUGAAUCUUUGGUUCCUAAAUCACUUGAAGUGCAUUUCGCUGCAUGAGUCUCCUCAGGUGGGGAAGCAGCGUGGCUAAUCCGGGGAUUAGGAGCCGCUCUUCAUCCCUAAUCCACCUCCAUUCAAACAGGAUUCAGUUUCACCGCCUCGACUCGGCAUUAUGUCCUCUCCAAGAAAAGUCUCACCUAAAGCUAGUAACAGUUAUUCUGAGAGAGGUUCGACUACUAGAAUCAACUACAGUCAUAUUUAAUCAAGUAAUUCAAAGCAUCAUUAUCUAAUCGAAUCUAAUUAUGAUCUUAUUUAGGAUGCACUGAAUCAUUCUGGAGAGAAUCAUUAACUAACCGAGUCCAUCAAUAUCUAAUUUAUUAGGAGCUGAAUCAUUUAGGAAAGAAUCAUUGUUUAAUCGAAUCCAUCAUUAAUUUAUUAGGCACUGAAUCAUCUGAGAAAGAAUCAUUAUCUCAACAAAUCACUUAUUAUCUAAUGGUUGAUCCACUGAAUCAUUUAGGAAAGAAUCAUUAUUUCAUCGAACCCAUCAUUCAUUUAUUAGGCAGUGAAUCAUUUAGGAGAGAAUCAUUUUUAAUUGUCCGACACAUUCAUGUAUUACAGUUUGCUACUUGUGAAUAUAUUUAAUAUUAUUUGCUAACACAAGCCCCAGUGAGGUGUUUUAUAACAGGGCUGGGUUACAUGACCUCGUCUAGGACAGGAAAAGGACAGAAAGUAGAUAGAGAGAGAGAGAGAGAGAGAGAGAGAGAGAGAUUUAUCCCUCCUCCUCUCUGAUUCGUGGCUGUGUCUCAGUCCUGAUCCAUGUUGGCUGAGAGGCGUCUCAGGAGUCGGACAGUCCCGAGGACCUUAUUAUGAGGAAACCAUUAGAGGAUCUUGCCCCAGUGUGGAAUCACGGAGCGUGUCCUUCCUAUCAGGUUUAAUCGUGGGCGGGGCGAUGCCUACCACUCCAUAGCUCAGAGACAGCCCACUGGACCACUGAGUCAUCCAACCAUGGUCACCAUGGUUUCAGCCAAUCAGCGGCCGAGAAGGCAUCAUGUGAGGAGGAAACUUCGUGCAUCACGGAUCCUUGGGUUUGUGCUGAGCUUGUUCGCAUUCUCUCUGCUCCUGUGCUGGAGUGCCUUCAGAGGAAGAGAUGAGCCUCAGCACCAUAGAACUCCACGCUCUGCCCAUCAGGAAGGGGUGGAGUUUACCACACCGAUACCAUUGGUGAUGGAGAACCACGGAGAUUAUCCUGAGGAUUUUUUCUCUCUAGAGGAAAGGCGUCAGGGUGCCGUGGUGCUGCACAUAUUCGGGAUGCUGUACAUGUUCAUCGCGUUGGCCAUUGUGUGCGACGAGUUCUUCGUCCCAGCCCUUACUGUCAUCAUAGAGAAGCUCAAGAUCUCAGACGAUGUAGCAGGCGCCACCUUUAUGGCAGCUGGAGGCUCCGCCCCUGAGCUCUUCACGUCUGUCAUCGGUGUGUUCAUCUCGCACAGUAACGUUGGGAUCGGCACCAUCGUAGGCUCGGCCGUCUUCAACAUCCUGUUUGUGAUCGGCAUGUGUGCGCUGUUCUCACGUGAGAUACUCAACCUCACCUGGUGGCCACUCUUCCGUGAUGUCUCCUUCUACAUCAUGGACCUCAUCAUGCUCAUCUUCUUCUUCUUGGACAAUUAUAUCACCUACCUGGAGAGCAUGGCUCUGCUAGGAGCCUACUGUUCCUAUGUGCUCUUCAUGAAAUACAACGCCACUGUGGAGAUGAUCAUCAAGAACCUGAUUAACUGGAACCAGGUGGGCGAAGUGGAGGCCGUGUCCAAGGUCGACAGCGCUGGGGAUGACGAGAACAAACUCUCGGCCAAGCCCCAUCUUCAGAGAGGUGUAAGCUCUGCCUCUCUGCACAACUCACUGAUGAGGAACAGCAUCUUCCAGCUCAUGAUCCACACUCUAGAUCCACUCAGUGAAGGGAAAUUCAAGGACAAAGCUUCCUUUCUGCACAAGAUUGCAAGAAAAAAGGGAGAAGAUGAAAUAAACGGCAUUGUGGAUAAGAAAUUUCCCAAAAGUACCAGCGUGGAGGUGGAGGUCACUCCGCCAAUGAACGGCAGCAUAGCACAACAGAGUGAGGAAGAAGAAGAGGAUGAAGACCAGCCUCUCAGUUUGACAUGGCCGGAGACAAGCCAGAAGCAAGUGAUGUACCUCUUCAUUUUUCCCAUUGUGUUCCCACUGUGGCUCACACUGCCCGACGUCCGCAGAGAAACUUCAAGGAAGUUCUUUCCCAUCACUUUUCUGGGUUCCAUCAGUUGGAUCGCUGUCUUCUCCUAUUUGAUGGUGUGGUGGGCUCACCAGGUUGGGGAGACUAUUGGCAUUACGGAGGAGAUCAUGGGUCUGACGAUUCUCGCAGCAGGAACUUCCAUUCCAGAUCUCAUCACCAGUGUCAUUGUGGCCAGGAAAGGUUUAGGAGACAUGGCUGUGUCGAGUUCAGUGGGUUCCAACAUAUUUGACAUCACUGUGGGUUUGCCCUUCCCGUGGCUGCUCUACUCAACCUUUCACGGCCUGAAGCCGGUGGCAGUGAGCAGUAACGGCCUGUUCUGCGCCAUCGUGUUGCUCUUCCUCAUGCUCAUCUUUGUCAUCUUCUCCAUCGCCAUGUGCAAGUGGAAAAUGAGCAAGGUGCUUGGUUUCUUCAUGUUCCUGCUUUAUUUCUUUUUCCUCGUGGUCAGUGUCAUGCUGGAGGACAAGAUCAUCACCUGCCCCGUCUCCAUCUGAGGAGCAUCAGGGGAAUAUGUGUUGCCAAGCAGAAAGUGGAGAUACAACACUCACACCAUUUCUGUCUGAGGGGCUUUGAGACAAUACGCACAAAGAAAUAAGCAGAAACUACACAGAACAACUACACAAAUGGCAGAGAGCCCCUACAGAACCUACCAAGCAACCACGAGGAAACAAUGAAUAAAAUAUUCAACAACUACAAUCACUGAUAAUGACGCAGAAAAAGGCACAAAAACUACACAGAAACUACAGAAACUACACAGGAAAUGACACAGAAACUACACAGAAACUACAGAAACUACACAGGAAAUGACACAGAAACUACACAGAAACUACAGAAACUACACAGGAAAUGACACAGAAACUACACAGAAACUACAGAUACUACACAGGAAAUGACACAGAAACUACACAGAACAUUAGACAGUAACUACACAGUAAACUAUACAGAAAACUACACAGAAAAUUACACAUAAACUUUUACAAACCUACACAGAAGGUUACACAGAAGCAACACAAUGACUACACAGACAUUACAAAGACACUACACAAAAUUACACAAAAAACACACAGACAAUAUAGAAAGUACAUAAAUAGUUUGACCAGUUGUUUGUAAUUUGCCUAAUUACACAUUUACUAUACAGACAUUAAACAGAAAAUCAUAAGGGCUACACAUAAACUACAAGAAAAAUAACACAAAAACUAAAAGCAAAACAACAAAAUUAAACAGAAAACAGAACAGUAAUCUACAAAAAAAACCCAGAAACCAAGGAGGCAAACGACCCAUAAACUACACAAAAGCAUACAGAGGAACUGCACAAACUAUACAGAGAAAGCAAGUAAAGUACACAGAAACUAUAGAGAAAACUACACGGACAAUUCAAGCACACACAUCAAGCACACACACAGAAACCCAGCGGGACCAGUGCUUCAUGUGGUGGUAAAAGAUGGCACAUUAUUUUAACCGUAAAUCAUUUUUUGUUAGCUUUUCCUGGGAGAUUAUCACACAGAACAUGCAUGUGUGCAGCAGAUUCAGACUGUUAUAACGUGGGAAAUGAACAGCGUGGACGUGUGGACUGUUGAGAGACAUUGCAUGGAAACUCCUCAGGGAUGUUCACAAUAAAGGCUUCAGGACUUUAUCUGAAUAAAACAAGCCUGAAGCUGAACCUGAACACGAAAGGGCUGGUCAGUCGAAGCAUUUCCUUCGAAUGUAACGGGUGGAGCUUAAAUGAUUUGUUUUGUGUAUACUGUAUUAUUUUUUUCAACAUGGCUGAUUUAAUGCCAUUCAUUAAUCAUUAGAGUUCUGACUAAUAGAAUGAAUAAAUGAUAGAAUGUGCUGAUAUUACAUAUUUAUAUCAUAUCAUUUACAAAUACUGCCCAACAAUGCUGCCUGUGGUAUUUUCACAGUAUCCAUGUGUGGAAUAUAACGUAUCAUUCUGUGAUACUAAACACAAUAUCAUGUUUUUCUCGUUCUCAUAUAAUACAUUUAAUAUUUACAAUAGUGCGCAUGUUCAUCAUCCUCAUCUAUAUGCAUCCAGGGCAUUUAUCUAUAUUUUAUUUACUUCAUUUAAUGUAUUUAAGUCGCUGUAAUCAAGUCAUCAUGCUAACUGUUAAAAAUGUAAAAUGUUUGAUUUUUAAUGUUCAUCAAGUCAGCAAAUUUGUCCUUUGAAUGUUUGAAUUGUACUUGGAUCAGUUGUCCCUCCCGAACCCUAGCGAACAAAAUCAUUGUCACCUUUUGGUCUUUGAAGUAAAUAAAUCCCUUAACCUGUCAGGUUUAUAGCUGGAAAACGUGAUGCUAAAAUUAAUAUAUUAUCAUAAAAACAAGAAGUAUUCCCAUGGGCCUGGUAGACCUGCAGACGUUUCUCAGUGGCUAUGUUUACAUGCACAUCAAUAUUCCGAUAUUAAUCAGAAUCCGAUUUCCUGAUUCAGAUUAAGACAAUAUUCCGAAUCCCGUACCUGGAAUACGCCUGUUUUAAUCAGAAAUUUAUUGCAUGUAAACACCUUAUUCAGAAAAUCCACUGAAAGGAGAUAUAUGCGCAGCUCAGCCCACAAGGAAUUGUGGGUGUAACAGAUGCGUAGCGUAACAGAUGCUUCCCCGACCCUUUCCAUUUCAAGGCAGUGUUGUCGGGAAUUUCGGAUGGUGAGAAGUGUUAGAGUUCUAAUUAAGUUAGUUAGAAAAAGUAGUAAUAAAUCUAAUAACUGAUUGUACUCUAUAACCAACAGCAGCAUCUUGAAUCUCCCAGGAAAUAACCGCGGGAAAGGAAAAGCGCAUGUGUAAAUCGGCAAACUUACAACAACCACGUAUCCAGGAAUAUUCCGAUGCCUGUACGCUUAUAAACAUCGUAUUUGGAAUAUGACUUUAGCCUGAAUAUAAACUUUAAAUGGGAUUUGAUGUGCAUGUAAAUGUAGUCACUGCCACUUGCAGGGCAUUAUGGGUCAUUUUGGAGAACAAAUGAAGAUUUAUAAAAUACUAAAUGUAAAGAAGAUUUGUUAGAACAGACUCUACAUGUUCAGCA